UUUCGUGUUUUGUUGCUGUUAUCGUCAUAGCAGCCCCACUACUGCUUCUGUUUCGUUUUACCGCUGACGAAUUGUCAAAUACUGAGAGUUCCGCUUUGAGCAGGACUACAUUGCAGCGAAAACACCCCACACAGACACAUACCUAUAUAUAUAUAUAUAUAUAUAUAUAUACACACACACACACAUAUAUAUAUAUAGAUAUAUGCAAAAUAUGCGCGAUCACUCCGACGCAUCAAACUGUCAAAAUGAAAUAUAGUCGGUGGGGGUAGGAAAAUACAUAAUUAAAAUGUACUAGUAGUGCUAAAGUGUAUUAUUUUGUAUCUGCGUGCUUAGUAGAUCUGUAUAUAUUAAAAGAGAAAGUGAGUGAGAGAGAGAGAGGAAAACAGAAACAGUGAGGCUUUCCGUGCGCAAAGAGCGUUAGUGGGCUUGGGCUUCACAAAUCUUUAAUCUAUCACUAAAUACAGAUUUCUACGCGGAUCCUUCACCUUCAUUGAAAAUGUCCAUGAAGGUUUGUGUUUUUUAUUUUGCUUGGAUAUAAUACAAAGCUUGCUUACGCCGGGAAUAUUUCGAAUUUCUACCAUACCUUGUUACAAUAUAGCGAACGUUUUUUGCUGCUGAUCAGAAUAUGUGAAGGUGAUAAUAUAUUUAUAUAAAACAUAUGCCUACUGUUAACGUAUGGAAAUAUAUUUCUUUUCUAUGAAUGUGAAUUAAAAUAAAGAAAGAAAGAAAGAAAAGAACACAGAGAACCUGUUGGAACGAAUUCCUAAACGCUUGACUGGUAAAUGCACACUUUUAUUUAAUAUACAUGUUCUGAUGUCGUUGUUAAUUUAGAAGUUAAUUUCCUCAGACUUUCUCGUGUGUUUUUCGCGGAAGACUACUGAUCAACGGUCUUAUCAGUUAUGACGGAUUUUCUUCAACUGCCAUGUGUGCUUUUUCUUCACCAUACAGUCGCUUCUUACCCCGGAAUCUGUCUUAUUCGGAGGAAAUAUACCUAAACGGAAUACCUAUUAAGCGUCAAACCGAAGUUCCCAAAGGGCUCGACAAGUUUCCGUCUAAGCGUCGUAAUCUUCUCUUAAACAGCAUCAACAUGGCAGAUACGGCGGAUGAUAAAGAUCCGGAUGAGUACCGGGUAAACGACUAUAUUCCUUCAUUUGACGAAGGAAUUUAUAUCAAUUUAAUGGACGAUCUUAGUUUGGAAUCCGAUAAACAAGGACAGACUGACGACAGCGGAGAUACAAACGGUAUUUUAAAACGCUUCACUAAUUAUGCCACUCACCUGCAGCCACUGUCAGCUGGUGCUGAAGGAAAUGCUACUGGGUCUAUGGCAAACGGAGACGAUGACAAGUCCACUGUUAAUAGCCCGCUUCACUCCUUACCGGCUGCAGGAAACAGUUUGGAAGAAACUGUUAGCGGGGAAACCCCAAUGGCUGGAGUUUGUGCGGAAAGAGUAUGUGCAGAAAAUACGAAUUGCUCUUCAAGUCGAAAUAUUGUUAGUAGUGUACAAGAAUAUUUUUCAAAUAGUCCAAGGAAUGAUACAAAACUACUCGAUCUCCUCUCCCCACAGAGUCCUAUUUAUGAUGACGAUGAAUUUAACUUCUCUAGAACCCAACUUAGAAAAUCGACCUCCUUGAAGACAACAAAAACCCCUCCGGGGACUCCCCGUAGGAAGAAAGUUGUACGUUUUGCCGACGUUAUGGGACUGGAUUUGGAAUCUGUAAUUCAUGUCUUAAAUAUGGACUCUCCGCCGAAAAUUCCCGCUUCUGCACUCGCAGACUUACAGUCCGGUAUAGAAAGUGAUCGAAAAUCGAUGGGUGCACGGUAUCUCACAGCAUGUUUCGCUCAACCAUCCGCCAAUGAGGGAUUCAUGGGACGGGUGUGCGCAGAGAAAGUGUGCUUGGAAAAUGCCGUUAUAUCUGAU